GGGGGGAAUGGCGCAGUGGUUAAGCGCCACGGCUGUUACUUGAGUAACGUAGGUUCGAAUCCUGCUCCCUCCACCUCCUCCCCGCUUACCCGUGGCAAGGAUAACCCGGCUGGCUAUCGACAACAACCACCCGCCUGUGCCGUCGAGCCCACACUUGUUGGGAACUUCGUCUCCAUGGCUACAAACGACCGACAGCUCCGCUGUUUGGACACAGGCCCCUCUCGAUGAAGAGCCGUCAACUGCCGUCAGACGAAUCCUCCGUGCGCCUGAAGGCACGGGGUCGCGUCAGUGAACAAACCUGUAAGCAGGACCGGGCACGAACCCGGUCAGGCUCGAUUCGCUUCUAUGCCCUUGUUUUCCGCUGUGUAAAUAGAGAAAAUAGAAAGCGCGCCGAGAUACCCCUCGGGAGAGCAUGA